AUGAAACAGCAAAAGGAUGAAAUAUUUUUUUAAAGUUCGCUAUUCGUGGCACAACUUUGUGAGCCUUUAUCUAUUUUGGAGUAUUUGUCUUAAGGGAAUCAAGAAAUCCAGGAAAAACCUUUGAAAACGGAGAAAUUGGAAAAAAUAGAGUAACCAAAAGGGAGAUCAAAUAGAAUUAUUCAUCCUUAGAAAAAAGAUCCAUAUGGAUCUGAUUGGGCUUAAGGAAUUUUAGCCAAAUAAUUUGGAGUUCAAAUAACUCAAGGGAGUUCAAAUCUAAGUCCAAAAUGGAGAUUAAAAAAAGUAUAACCGCUUGACUUUUCACAAAAUGUUGCUCUGCUUGAUCCUAAAACUGCAAAGGAUUUCAAAACAUAAGAGAAAUUAUUUCGACAGACUGCAAGUGAAAGUCAUAGAAAAAGGGUUGGCAGAGUAAUUAAAUAGUAUUAGUAAUCUUUUAACGGCUAAAUUCCUGCUCAACAAUAAUAAGGUUAGCUACUUUACUAAUAUAAAUUGCCUUCGAUACCAUGA